AUGACAGACUCUGAAGUGCAGCCAGGUCGUCGAAUGUCCGCCGAUAACCAAACAAUCUCGAAAACUGAUAUCCCAUUGAAGGAACGGUUCUUCCGGUAUUUCCAGCAUGAAAUUACUUCUUUACAACAGUCAAUGGACCGCCUGGCCGACACCUCUCUUGUCGGGGGCGAGCGAGCGGAUGCAACCGACCAUUGUCUUGCCGGGAUUGUACGGCUCUCAAAUGAAGUUAAAGAUGCUGCGAGCUACAUACCAACCUAUGACCAAAGGGUGUAUGCUGAGGCGAUCAAAGCUUUGCAGGAUAAACUGAAUGAAACACGUACUGCCUUCGAGCCUCGUUCCAAGUUCAGCUUCAAGACCAAGAAGAAUGCCUCUGCUAUUUCGUUGAAUGAUGCAGCAACACUUGCCGCUCAGGGUCGCCGGGGCAUUCCUGGUUAUCGCUCUCCAGGGGCAUCAUCGGUCGGAUCGUCUGCCAACCACACACCCAACUAUCCUUCUACUCCAUUGAACGAGCCUGACAAACAACAGUCGGAGAGACCGGAGGUAGCUCCUACCCUCUUUCCCGACUGCUUUCCAUGGAGGAGGUUAUGCCAAAGAAUCUCCGGAGGCCAAGCCGUCGUCAACUUUCGCAGCCAGUGGUAUUUCGUCUGUCUCGGCUCGACUGCCUCCGUUCCCGCCUCUAUUACCUCUCUGCGGCACUGUAUUGUCGACAUGUCAAUUCCUACUGCUAAUGGAAAGCCAUAUGCUAGCUUGACUAUCAAAAAUGUGCGACAGAGCCUUCUGAUCUGCAGUCGGGUUAAUGGUCCUGUUCAUAUUACUGGGGUUGAAAAGAGUGUUAUGGUUGUAUCGUGCCGUCAGUUCCGCAUGCACCACUGCACAGAUGUGGAUGUCUACCUCAGCUGCUCUAGCAAUCCUAUCAUUGAGGAUUGUUCGAAUAUCCGGUUCAGCCGCAUACCCAAAGCACACUCUCUACACCAUGACCGCCCUGAUCACGAAGAUCGCUGGAGUCAAAUUGAGGAUUUCAAGUGGAUCAAGCCCGAGCCAAGUCCAAACUGGAGCUUGUUAGACCCAAGUGACGCCAUCCCAGAGGAGGUAUGGACUGAGAUUGUGCCUGGUGGGCCAGGUUGGUCGCUUGAUGACAUACUACGUGCCAUCAAGCUCGUGGAGGGAUAA